AUGAAUAAUGAAAUAUUUAAUAUAAAUAAUAUAAAUAAUGAUAAUAAUAAUAAUGAUAAAUUAUUUUUUAAAGUUUGGAGAAAUAUUUUAAUUAAAAGAGAAAUUAAAAAACAUUUGGAUUUAUAUCGUAUAUAUUAUAGGGUAACUGCAGAAUCGAAAAGUUGUUUAUUAAAUGUCAAUAGAAAUUAUAUAUCAAUUUUAGAAUAUGGUUUUGAUGAAUUUAUAGACAUAGAUUUAAUUCCCCCAUCAGUGACAACGCUAGAGUUUUGCAAUUGGUUUAACCAGCCUAUUGUAAAGGGUGCUAUACCAGACUCUGUAAAUAGAAUUGUAUUUGGAUUCACUUAUAACCAACCAGUAAUUGUAGGUGCCAUUCCUUGUUCUGUUCAAAACAUCUCUUUUGAUGAACUAUUUAACCAAACUAUAACCAAAGGUUGUAUACCACCAUCGGUACACACUUUAAAGUUUGGAACAAGAUUUAAUAAAUAUAUAGCCCCAUUGGUUUUACCACCCUCUAUAACUAAACUAGUAUUUGGAUAUGAAUACAAUCAUUCAUUAGAAAAUUCAAUACCAUCUUCAAUAACUACGUUAUCUCUAGGUCAAUCAUUUCAACUUUGUAAAUAUGGUUCAAAUCUACCGGAUUCAAUUACAAGUUUCACGUGUAGUUAUAAUUUCGAUAAACCACUAGAAUCAAAUAAUAAUAUACCGAAAAAAGUAUUAUAUUUAACAUUGGAUAAUUAUAACCACCCAAUCAUCAAAGAUAGCAUUCCAUCAACAUGUCACACAUUGAUACUAGGCUCUGAAUUUAGGCAUUUCGAAUCAUUAUCAAAUCUUUCAUCAAGUGUAUCUAGCCUUACUUUUGGUGUAAAGGAUUGCCAAUUAUCCAAUUAUCAAAUCAAACAAUAUAUUUCAAAAACAAUUUCUAAAAUUGAAAUUAAACGAAAUUAA